UCCCCCUGUUGUAAACAAACAGGGCGGCGGGCGAUGGCGGCUGGUCGCGCUGGGGGGCUGUGAGUGCCGGUGUCCGCCGGGGUAGGGGCAGGCGGCUCCGGUGAGCUCCCUGUGCGGGGGCCGCGGCGGUGUGGGGCCGGGGCUGGCGGCACAUAUGGAUGACAGCAAGGUGGUCGGAGGCAAGGUAAAGAAACCAGGCAAGCGAGGUCGUAAACCAGCCAAAAUAGACUUGAAGGCAAAGCUUGAAAGAAGUCGUCAGAGUGCAAGGGAGUGCAGAGCCAGGAAGAAGCUGAGGUACCAGUAUCUGGAAGAGCUGGUUUCAAGCAGAGAGCGAGCCAUCUGCGCUCUCAGAGAAGAGCUUGAAAUGUACAAGCAGUGGUGCAUGGCAAUGGACCAAGGGAAAAUCCCCUCUGAAAUAAAAGCCCUGCUAACUGGAGAGGAGCAGGGCAAAGCACAGCAGAACUCGGCCAAACUUGCCAAGGCUGGGAAGACAGAAGCAAACAGCAGCAAUCCCUGGUGAAGAUUAAUUUACAUCUGGUUCUUCGUGGCAUCCCAUGAAGAGAUGGAGAAGAUUCGUCAUCAUGGUUCCAUUUGCUACUUUCCAAUACAUUAUGAUCUCUGUAAUUAGCUAUGAAAUUACUGUUAAUAAAAGGACCAAAUGCAGACCAAAUGUUUGAGACUAGUCUAAAAAUGUAGGGUAAUCAAGAGGAAAAGCUGAAAUAAGAACUCUAGUCCUUCUCAUUAUACUUAAGCAUUACAGCGUGCGCGACAGAGGAUCGGCUGAUGGAGAAAUCCCUGCAGUAGGUGAGGAAGGUAAAACACCAGCUUGUGAGUGUCCUGCUCUUGGUGCCGCUGAGCAUUAAUUUCUCUGUAAGUUUUGUCACUAACUGAAUUCCUUGUGUGACUCUGGUGGGGAUUUGCAUGAGAAAACAGCAGCAUCUAAUCAGCAGUAAAAUCUGAGGUAUCCAAUACUGAAUUAGUGCAUCAGUGGACUAAAAUUCAACUGAUGCUGUAUUUAUGGGAUGUAUAGAUUUGUAUAUGUAGAUACAAAAGUAGAAUUUGUAGUGUCGGUUAUAGCUAGUGCCUUAAGCAAUUUCUGCUAAGGCUGUUGCUUGAUAUUAUUUAUACCAUUAUUUGUAUUUUCUUUGCCUUACUUUAAAUUGUAACUAGAAAAUGCUGUCAUCGUUCAGCUAGUGAUUUUCAGCAACACUUCAUUUAAAAAAAAAACCACAAUUAAAACCCCUAAACAACUGACUUUCUGUUUCUUUUUUUCCUCAAUAAAAAGCGCUUGGGAGGUGGAAGUUUUGCUCGGGUAACUUGUGGAAGAUUAGCCCUGGUCUUUUGUGUGUCUGCUUGUAACUCACAACUGACUUAAUGGACGCUACUAACAGCAAAUGCUGCUCCAAGCGGUUCCUGUGUAUGAUCUCUAUAUAUCAGGGUGGGUAAGGGUGGCAUUCCUCACUCUGCUGCAGCUGAUAGGUAUUCUGAUGCUAAAAUAAGUUUGUGAGUAAAAGAUGAUGAGUGGAUUAUAAAAUGUGUGUUUUUCAUGAGGCGGGGUGUUCGAUGUGAAUAGAAAUAGCUUGCUAUGAAGGGUGACUUUUUCCGUACCUCCUUUCUCAUGGCAACUUUCAAAAUACGUUUUGAUCAAAUUAUACAGUGCUGGUGACAGCAAUGCUGCAUAUUCCGGUGGCAGAGCAUACCAGCAGCGUCCUCCAACUUUACCAUGUCCUUAUGUGGCGUGCUCCGCAUGCCUGCUGAUGUAAGAACAAUUCUUUCCUACUCCCUAUCGAACAUAGAUCCUGCCGUGUUGCUAGGUCAGUGUUUUCUGUUUUGCAUUUCUGGGCUUUUUCUUUCCUCUCCCCUAAGCAGUACUUUGACAUCUCCCACUUUCCAGUAUGCGUUCCUUUUUCCCUACAGAAGGAGAGUCUUCUGUGAAUCUCCUUUCUUCCGUAAGUGGUCUGGCAGCUAUUUUCAAAAGCUGUCAGGGGUUCCUUUUCCACAAGACUACAUCAAAACAUGAGUUAUUCUGCUGUUUCUCUCUGCCUCUGCACACACACUGACUCACGCUGAAUACCCCUUCUGCAUUUUAAGCCCUCGGUAACGUCAGAGUAAAUACCCCUUCUGCAUUGCAAGCUCUUCGUACUGUCAUCACCCUUUGUAGCUCAGGACCCGCUUCUUGUUUCUCCGCGUAGCCUUGGGGAAGCAGUGCUGGUACCAGCUCACCCCAGAGUGGUUUUUUCUCUUGUCGAAGCGUUCUUCUGUUUAGCUGUAUGAUCGGGAGGAAGGCAACACUCUUAGCAGACAGCGGGAGCAGACAGCAAUGAUAACGUUGUUCAGUUGUAGAUGUUGGGCAUGCGUUGAAGCGGUUCUGCUACUCACAAAGUUGUAAGUCGUCUUUCACUUGCAACACGGAGAUUGAGAUUAUUCUGCUGCUUGUAUUUCUGUAAAAUUCCAGGUUGCCCAGCGUUUUCGCUGCUGACAGUGUUUUCAAACAAAAGGGUAAGUUCAGCUGGGGUUUACGUACCUGAAGCACUCCAUGGAGCUGGGGGCAGAAUUCAUUUGUGAGAGAGAAAAUUUUGGCCAAAGGCCUUUAUCUCACGAACAUCAGUCAUAAAAGGUUUCACCAAAGUGAUUAGAAUAACAGUUUUCCGUUUAAACCUGGAAUCCUGUCUGGGAUCUCAGAUAGAGAAAGAGGAGGGGAGGUAUCCCCUAGAUUUCUGAUCAGCUAAUUACUCCUCUGACAAGCGUUUGCUUAAACCUUCAGAAGGUGAUAGCUGGCUUACACUGCAGGGAUCUCUUGAUGAGAACAGACCGCGUUACAGUUCUCACUUCAGCAAGCUGCAUUUCUCCUGACUUUAUUCUUAGGGUUUCUCGCCUUCCAAAAGAAAAUGGCAAUUAGCUUUUUAAUUACUGGUAUACCAAUGGAACAAAAGUGGAUUGCCGUGGGUGUUUGAGCAACAGCCAAUUAACUACUUCAGCUUGCUGGAUUUACGUGAUCUUGUGUCUUUUUGUAGUAGCCGCUUAAUGUUGUCAUCGUUUCAGUCCAAUGCCACUAAAGGAGUGGCAUUAUUAACGGAGCUGAUAUUGUCUACACGUGCUGGCAGAUAAAAAAGGCUGACUGACAGCUGGAGAAUGAUGAUAAAGGUUGUCUGUUUUAAUCCCUCUGCCACGAACGUCUCUCUCGUGGAAUGAGCACAGUUGCAGUUCUGUGGAUCUGUUAACAAAAAAAAAAACCGUAGGCAGAAUGAUGAAUGGCCUCUUGUGAUUGCUUGUAUUCACCCUGCAUUUUCUCUGAAUCAUGCUCUUUGCAUGAAAUAAGUCCCAUAAACAAAACAAAUGUGCCUGUUAUUAACACAGCUUUCCGUGUCUGCCAGAAAUACUGUCACCAGCUGUAACAUU